GGUAAUUUCUUUUUUAUGAGUUUCCGCUAGAAUGUUUGCCCUCUGAAUGAAGCAGUUUGGAAAAACAUGAGAUAAUACGAAGAAUGAAGCGAGGUGUACUCGGCGGACGAGUAUUGUCGAGGUGUUGCUUGCAAGCUAUCAAUUUUACAAACUGUAUUACUGGUCGAAAAUCGCUCUAGAUACGCGCGGCAAGUGGAUAAUGUCAGACACGCUCGAGUAGAGCUCUCUCGCCUUCACUCAAGGGACUCUCGUCGUUUCGCUUAUUCAAACUUCCGUAGCAGAGUUUCCGUUGCUAGUGUGCUGCGCUUUGCCGUUUGAUUUGCAAGUAUUGCGAUAUUCUCGUUGAAGGCUAGAUGUGUCGAUGAGCAAUGAUCACAGAGCGAGCAGAUUUUUCGGAGUAUCGCAAGGAUCAUGUGGUGUACAUUCGCCACUUGGAGAGACUGCCUCGUCCUGUUCCAGUUUCUUCGAGCGAUUUCACCGGAACUUGGAAACGUCGGCUCGAUGGUUCACUGCGGAGAACCGACUCUGAUUGCGCGAGACGAUUGGCGUAGCGCCGUAGCGUUGUAGCGUUGUAGCGGAGAGCGAUGAUGCAAGAAACACUUACCCAAGGUGAAGAGGAAAAUAAGAAAUGUGACGAAAAUCAAUUAAAUUGGCUGCCAGCUAGAAAAAUUGCUAUACCAUCAAAUUUUUUUCAAAAGAACAGUAACAAAAUAGAGUUUACAUAUAAUUAUAAAGUUCCUAGCUUUGAACUGAAACUUGUUGAUUCUGAAAAAGUUAUUAUAAAACUGAAAGAAGAAAAAUAUGAAAACAUCAUUGAAGCAGAAUCUCAACAUUCUGAUCUACUUCCUGCUAAAUAUGAAGGUGGCUUAAAAAUUUGGGAGUGUACUUAUGAUUUAGCAAACUUCAUAAUAUUAGAAAAUUUUUGCUUUGAAGAUACAAGAGUUUUAGAUCUAGGGUGUGGAGCUGGAAUAAUUGGUUUGAUAGCACUUUUACGAGGAGCAACAAUUCAUUUUCAAGAUUAUAAUGCUGAAGUCAUUGAAUCAGUUACAAUUCCAAAUGUAAUACUAAAUUGCAAGAAUGAUGAUUUUAUAAAAAAAAAAUGUGAAUUUUAUUGUGGUGACUGGCAGUCUUUCACUGACAUUGAAACUAGUAAUGAUGAGAAACAAAAAUAUGAUUUUAUUUUUACCAGUGAGACUAUUUACAAUCCUAAAAAUUAUCUUAAAUUGUACAAAGUUUUCAAAGAAAAGUUAAAAACAAAUGGAAUUGGUUUUGUUGCUGGAAAAACAUAUUACUUUGGAAUUGGAGGAGGCAUGAGACAAUUUGAGGAACUUGUUCUCAGAGAGGGCUUUUUUGAUAUCAAAAUUGUAUGGAAAAGUAGUGAAGGUUUACAAAGAGAAAUACUGAAAUUGGAAAGGAAACUAUAAAGAAAUAGUUGAGAUUAUAUUGGAUGUUGAUAGAUCAUAUGACAAAUCAUUGUAGUAAAAACAAAUAUUUUUACUUUAAGAAGUAUGAGUUUGCACAUAUUUGGUGUGCAUCAGUCGGGCGUAGAUGAGUGUUUUACCAGCAUCGCAAAGGCCCGUAAGAAGAACAUUAUGACCAACAGAUACUCUACGUCUCCAUAAAGCAAAG